CUCAAUCAUGGCGAACGCAGAGACUGCAGGCUUCCAGUUCAACCACACUAUGGUCCGUGUCAAGGAUCCCCAGGUGUCUGUCAAAUUCUAUACCGAGGUCCUGGGCAUGACCCUGCUCUCCCACUACAAGUUCGAGAGCUUCACGCUCUACUUCCUCGCGUACGACCACUCCGGCGGGAAGAUGACGCCUCAAGCCCUCAAGGACUCGCGCUUCGCGCGCGAAGGCGUGCUCGAGCUGACGCACAACCACGGCACCGAGUCCGACGCGUCCUUCGCCGGCUACGCGUCCGGCAACACCGACCCCGGCAAGGGCUUCGGCCACAUCGCGAUCACCGUGCCCGACGUCGCCGCCGCCUGCGCGCGCUUCGAGCGCCUCGGCGUGCCCUUCAAGAAGAAGCUCACCGACGGAAGCAUGAAGGACAUCGCGUUCAUCCUCGACCCCGACGGCUACUGGAUCGAGGUUGUCCCGCCCAAGCUGAUGCUCGGACCGGAUGACGUGUGAAGGGUGAGGCGCACGCGCACGCAGCAGAGCGAUUACACAGUGAAAGGCAAUAUCAAAGAUUGUACAUUAUCAAGCACGUACUGUACCUACAUCCGUGUCACACCGCCGGUCGACAGCCGUGCAACACGACAGGUCUCCGCGACAGCACUCG